AUGGAUGGUAAACUGGAAGAACAAAUUAAACGAGCUGCGCUUGGCGGUGUUUACAAUCCCCUGGAGAUUUGUUUGCGCGGGAGUGAGUCACGGAGCGCGCUGCCGAGGCACGCCGGAGCCCUGCAGGGCGGCAGUUCUGCGGGCAACCGGUGGCGGCGCGCGCGUCACGGCGCGGCGGGCGCCGCUGCCCGGGCCGCGCUCGGCAGGCGGCCAGUUCUUUGUGUGAGUCGGUGGCGCGAGCACCGUCCGUGGAGCUCCCCGUGCCGCGCGCCGCAUAGCGAGAGACUCAACCGAGCCAGGCCCCAGGAGGCCGCGAGUGCAGCCAGCGAGCCGCCCAGCUUUCGCGUCGCAUACUACCCUCUCUGUGCGUGUGCGCGCCGCGUGCCACCGACCGGCGGCGACGCGGCCGAGUGCGUGCGCCACCGUACUGGAGACGCCAGCGCAGCAGCGUGUGCAGCACUUGUCGCUGAAGGUGACCUUGACGCCGGAACGCUGGAUCUGACUUCGGCAGCCAGGAUUAACCCCGUGCCGUCGGUUGCCGGUGAGUUACACAGAAGAAUGAAGGACUGUGGUACUAGCUCUUUAACGUCUUCGUGGUGCGGUGAGUACCCACAGUACACACAUGUUUUUGUCACUUGUUUUCGUUUUUCACUGUACGUUCAAUCCUUGUACUUGUGAAUAUAUCAGGUUGACUGUUAGCGUGUUUAGGCAAUCAUAUGGCUCAACAAAGAUGU